AUGGUCAGUUUGGUAGGUGCUGUUUGCAGUGAUAGAGAAGCUAAAGCUCUCUUAAACUUCAAACAAGAAUUGGUAGAUUCUUCUGAUUUUCUCUCUGAUUGGGUUGGUAAAGAUUGUUGCAAAUGGAAUGGAGUAAUUUGCGAUAUAAAAACUGAAAAUACUAGUGUUGUGCAGCUCAACUUGCAAGGAUUUGGCUUAGAUGGUAUGUUAAAUCCUUCACUGGUACAGUUAGAUAAGUUGAAUUAUUUAGAUUUAAGCUCAAAUACUUUUUCAGAAACCUCAUUACCAUCUUUCUUGGGUUCACUACAUAAUUUGAGAUAUCUUAAUCUAUCUAGAAGUUUUGACAGUGUGGAAAAUAUUCAAUGGCUUUCUAAUCUUUCUUCUCUGCAAUAUCUUGGUAUGUCCUAUAUUGACUUGGAAAAUGCAUCAUCUAAUUGGUUUCACACAGUUACUAUGAUUCCAUCUUUAUUAGAAUUACAUCUACGCUACUGUAACCUGUAUCCAAACUUUCCUUCUAUUUCAUACUCAAAUCUCACUUCUCUUAAAGUUCUUGAUCUUAGUUACACUGGUCUUAAUUCAACCUUGCCAGAAUGGUUCUAUAAUCUUAUAAGUAUUGAGAAACUUGAUAUUCAUUACAAUAAUUUUCGAGGAACAAUUUCAGAAGCUAUUAGUAACCUUGUCAAUCUAACUAACCUUGAUAUCUCAUCCAAUGAUUUUGAGGGAGAGAUACCAGAAACCUUAGGAAAUCUUUGCAACUUGCAGUCAUUAGACUUGUCAGAUAACUACUUCAAGGGAGAAGUUUAUUUUUUAGCAAAUCCGUCCAGUUGUAUUGGGAGUAGCUUGACGUUGAUAAGUUUGAAUGGUAAUCAAUUUUCAGGUCCAUUGCCUGAGAAAUUAGGGAGUUUCAAGAAUCUUGAGUACCUUUCUUUUAUGAGUAAUUCAUUUUCUGGUCCGAUUCCGUCUUCGUUAGGUGAACUGUCGUCGUUGAAGAUGUUAAAUGGUUUUUUCAAUAAGUUGAAUGGUUCUUUACCGGAGAGUUUUGGACGUCUUUCGAAAUUGAGAAUUUUGAGACUUGCCUUUAAUGCUCUAGAAGGCAUAAUAAGUGAAGCUCAUUUCGCAAAUCUCACAAGUCUGGAAGAACUAGAAGUGCAUUCUCUAGUUUUUAAGUUGAAACCUGAUUGGAUUCCUCCAUUUCAACUUCAGGUUGCAAACUUGCAGGCUUGUCAACUAGGACCUCGGUUCCCUAAAUGGUUACAAACCCAAAAAAAUAUUAGUCGAAUCGAUAUAUCUAAUGCAGGCAUUGCAGAAACAGUCGUUCCUGCUUGGUUUUGGAAUAUGACUAAUCAGUUCAGUUUCUUAAAUUUAUCUCACAAUCAGAUUCAUGGACAAGUACCAGAUUUGUUGAUUCCUGACGAUGCGUCAGGGGGACUAGUUUACUUGAAUUCCAACCGUUUCAUGGGUAAAUUGCCCAGAAUAUCACCUCGUGUGGGAGAACUGGAUCUUUCUGACAACUUAUUUAAUGGAUCAAUAUCUGCUUUGCUGUGCAAUCCAUUAGGCAAAAUGAAUACUCGAAUGCUUCAUCUCUCAGGAAACCAAUUAUCUGGAGAAAUUCCAGACUGUUGGUCUGACUGGUGGAAUCUGGAAUCGGUAAGUUUGGCAGGAAACUACCUUACCGGAGAGAUUCCGGCAUCUAUCGGUUCUAUAAACACCCUUCGCUCACUGCAUUUGCGAAAUAAUUCUCUUUCAGGAGAAUUACCUUCAGCAUUGCUCAAGUGCAGGGAACUGAGAGUGAUUGAUAUUAGUGAGAAUCACUUCACUGGGAACAUACCAAAAUGGAUUGGGGAGUAUUUGUUUCUCCUUAUCCUUCGAUUACGCUUCAACAAGUUCCAUGGUGUUAUUCCUCAGCAACUCUGUCACCUAGGUUCAGUGCAAAUUUUGGACUUUGCUCAUAAUAAUCUAUCGGGUACAAUUCCAAGAUGUUUCAACAAUUUUACCCCAAUGACAACACUGCAGAAGGAUGGGGACACCAUAUCGUAUUCCGAAUAUUUUGGAGGACCUAUAGAGAUUGCAUCUUUGGUGACAAAAGGAAGAGAAUUUGAAUACAGCAACACCCUUACACUGCUUACAAUCAUGGACCUUUCUGACAACAGUUUAUCAGGUGACAUUCCUGAAGAACUAACAAAUUUGAUCAGUUUACGGUCUUUAAAUUUGUCGCGUAACCAUUUUACAGGAAGAGUUCCAAACAAGAUUGGGAACAUGAGUAUAUUGGAGUCUCUUGAUUUGUCAAAAAACGAACUCUCAGGUUCAAUUCCUCAAAGUAUGGUGAACUUAACCUUUCUAAGUCACUUGAACUUGUCAUAUAACAACUUGUCGGGAAAAAUCCCAUCGGGUACUCAACUUCUAAGUUUGCCUAACUCAAGUUUUAUUGGUAACGGGAGAAAUCUGGUCUUACUGCUUUUUAUCGAAUAA